AUGGCCGGCGCAGGGAACGAAAUAUCGCAAACGGACCUUGACAACCUGGCUGAAUGGAUCCCACGACUCGCCGGCGGUGCCGCCGCCGCCGCUGCCGGACAGCCAUCAUCAAUUGACGAGAUUGCGGCGGAGCUUCAGUCGCUCGACGCCAAGCAGUUUCUGCUGCAGCAGCAGAUGACGGCGCACGCCGCCACCGCCGGCGGCGGUUCCGCUAGUGGUGAAGAGGCGGACCUAUACGCGGCGCUAGUGCAACAGCAGCUUGCUUCUGAAAUGCCGCACGACGCGACCAACGCCGCAUCAUCCGCGGCCGCUUUUCCCGGUCGAGACCUGGAGGAGUUCAGCGCGCUAUCGCGGAUGGCGGGAUUGCCAAACAGCACGUUGGGAGGGGGUCUGGAUGGAGCCAACUUGAUUGAUACGAACGCUGCGCGUUCCGCGGCGACAGAACCGGCGGCGCUCUCUGCGGCAUUAGGAAUAAUCGCGAACGACCCGGCUGCUGGGCGCAGCGACGCGCUGACCAUCCGUCCUUCGGUUCCACCGCAAUUCACGGCGCAAUUCUCGCGCGCAGCAAGCCAACUCGCAGCUGGGAACGUCUGCGGAGCGCCGCCGCAGUGGCCUUCCGCCGCGACCCCUCAGGCUUCCGCCGGAGUUCAAAUCGGCGCGAAUUGGCUUCAGAACCAGCCGCAGCAGCAGCCACCCCGUUCAAGCAUCAUGGAGCCUGCUACACCGGGGCCAGCGGCUGCGCUGCCUCUUACUCCAGCGGACGAGCUCGAAGCGCUGUUUCAGCAGAUUCCGCCGGAGCUUGCGCCCGAGGAGCGCAUUGUGCUGGCGGCGGCGCUCAUGGCUGAGAUGCAGCAGCAGCGGAGCAACGCGGUGGCUGCAGGCAGUAUGAUUGGCCAUUCGCAGCAGCAGCUGCAGCACAUGCAGCAAUCGCAGCCUUCUCAGCAACCACAGCACUCUCAGCAUUCGCAUCACUCUCAGAUAUUCGCUUCUGGAGGAGCCAUUGGUUCCACUCGGGGCAUCACCUUUCCCCUGGCGCCCGUCUUUGGAAAUACUUCGGCUGCACUUGGGGAUAAGCCCUCUGCCUUCAGAGCUGAGCCCAAUCAGAGGCUCUCUGGCUCAAGACAGCAGCUCGCCAGUGGAGCUGCGGACCUGUUAGCUCGGACGCUCUUGGCGUCUCAGAGUCUAGUGCAGAGAGGGCGGCCUCAGCCCGUGCGGGCGGCGGUGGAGGGGCUGGUGGGAGCAGGAGAGGAGGCGGGGGAGCUGGAAGUGGUGGAGGGGUUGGUGGCGCGAGCGGUGGGAACCCAGCGUUGA